AUGAUGAUGGAUGCCUACCGUGAUGAGCUCACCCGGGGUCCGCAUUACCUACAGGCGACCAUCUUCUCAAUAGCUGAUGCAUGCAGGCUCCUGCGCGUCUCUACACGACUACUGUCCACGACCUGCUAUUCGCGAACGAUUGCGGCUCAACAUCGCAAAGGAAUAGGAUAUGAGUCGGAACAGGGAUCUUUGCGCCGUCAGCUGCGUCAUCUUCGAACUGACCAUCAACACGGACAGAACGGUAGUCAUGCAUCGGCCGUCAUUCGAGACUGAAUACAGCCUCCCUUAAAUCGUCGCCAACGGCAGCCAAUUCAAAACCAUGGGCACUUUCGCCUACGUAGGCAGUCUUCGGUCAGCUGCAAAACUCAGUAUGGAAUCGCCAGGGUCUCCAUCCCAAAACCAAACUCAGGAUGUACAAAACAGCCACCUUGAGGACACUGCUGUAUGGAGCGGAGACCUGGACUUUAUACGAGGAACAAGCGCGGAAACUUAAUCACUUUCACCUCAGCUCUCUCUGGAGAAUACUAAGCUGAGGUGACAGAAUGGACCCUCGACAUGGAAGUCACCUGGUGGCAUGGCAACUGCGUCCUACAAACAUCCAGCCUCGUGUGUCCCCAUCCCCCUUACCCGUGACUGUCUUCGAUGAUUUGUUCUAGCCGGUAAUCCGCAACAACAGGAGAAUAAAAUUUGUGUCCCCCAGAUCACAUCUCCCUAAUCCAAGUAGUUCAGUUGUAGGUCAAGCUCUAAAUAUUUGCGCUUUUCCUUGCAAUGGUGGGACUUACAUUUGUAAACGUAUUACCGAGAAAGACGCGAAAGACUGGAAUGGGCCUUUUCGACUUAUCCGCCAUGGUUAGCCAGUCCCAAUAUAACCCUAAGCCAGGCAAAUAUGUUGCGCUAACUCGUAGCUUCAAAGUAAAGACGAACUUCCUUACCAGGAGAGAUAGCGAGCGUCACUCCCAUGUGUACUUGGAUGUGUACUCACGUGGUUGUUACGACUUCGUAAGUGCGAUUACUGGAUUCUUUUUUCAAAGUUUACCACUACAUUGACCUCUUGGAGGAAAAAAAUUCAAGACCGUGGGCUGAACGCAAGAAUGUGUGAUGCGAGAGGGACACUCGGCAGACGUCAUCUAGUCGUUUUUUCUUUGUCAGCAACCAAUCUAAACCAGAAAGCCCAAAGUCACCAGCUCGAAUUAACUGACUACGACAUACAAUUUAUGUAUGUAUAUAUGUAUGCAUAUAUUGAAGGGUUACAGGCAGAGCCCUUGAUGACCCUAUUUAUGUACAGUGCUUUCGCAGAUUCAUACUCAAAAAUAAAAUAAAAUUGCAGGCAUUUAAAAUGUGAUUGGGUCACAGUUCAAUCGUAAUCAUAAGGUAGUGCAUGGGGUCACUGUAAAUUAGUGCGGAAGAUUGUAUAUGACAGAUUUUACAAAAAUGGCUGUGCAUAGUCAUGCUGUACAAGCCGAUUUCUGUCGAAAACUAGACGAGCAAGUUUUCUUUUAAACAUACAAACCGUGUCAGCCGUCACCAUCUCGUUUGGAAGCGAGUUCCACGGCCUGACAACCCGCUGGCUGAAUGAAAAUUUUCGUCGGUCUAAACGCGUGCAUUCAUUCCCGACUUUGUAUGCAUGGCCGCGUAGUUGGUUUGUAUGGGCGAACUCAAAGAAGUCCUCUGCUCUUAAUGAGCAACCCUGGCCGCGAACAAUUCGGAACGUCCAGAGUAGACUGCAGUUUAUUUGUCUAUAAGAGAGAGGGAAUAGGCCAAGCAAAUUCAGCCUCUCCUGAUAAGACAAAUGCUUCAGACCGUCGACCAUCUUUGUCGCUUUGCGUUGCACCUGUUCGAGUAAGUUGAUAUCCUUCCUCAUCCAUGGUGAAGCUGCUGGCAUUCCAUACUCUAGAUGAGGUCUUACAAAGACACCAAAGAGUCUUUCGAAGAGUUCGGGAGGAAAUAUUUUAAAUGCACGUCUGAUCAAGUGUAGAGUACUAGUUGCCUUCUGGACCAUCUUUCUGCAGUGUUCUGAUGGCGAUAGAUUUGUGGUCGUCCAUACACCCAGAUCUCUGUGUCUUUCCACAGUUUCUAACCUCGUCCCGUCAAUAUAGUACUGGUGUUUGGGAGAGGCAUUGCGGCCGGUGUUCAGGUGCAAGACCACGCAUUUGGACACGUUAAACUUCAAAAGCCAUUUGUUCGACCAAGCACACAGUUUGUUGAUGUUCGACUGCAACUUCUCUGCGUCAUCAUCACACUUGACUUCACUCCAUAUUUUUAUGUCAUCCGCGAACAUGAGAGCCUCGCAAUUCACUUCGCUGAUGCAGUCAUUAACAUAAAUCAGGAAGAGUACUGGGCCUAAGACAGAACCCUGUGGGACACCACUUUCCACUUUUACCCAUUCCGAGGUAGAAUUUCCAACGACGACUCUUUGUAGUCUGGAGGACAGAAAACUCCUGAUCCACUUAAACAUUCUCCCUUGAAUCCCUACAUCCCAGAUCUUUCGUAAAAGAAUUUUAUGCAAGAACAGUUUGUACUUUCCAAAUCUUACGAUAAAGUCUCUCCGGCUCAAGUCUUAGUAUAAUCAGAACUCGUACAAGAAUUUCAAGCCUAAAUUUGCUAUUUUGUGUUCAGCUUCUUUCUCGACUACUAACUGCUGAUUGUAUCUGUGCAGCCUAUCUGAGCAACAUGUUCAGUGUGAUCAAAUGACUAAGAAUGUAAUGUAAAAAGUGUUCACAGAUAACGAUACGAAGGCCUUGCUUAUGAAAAAGGACUUAUAGGAUUGACCGACAUCAAUACGGAGAACAAAACAUUUGCGAUGGGUUUGCUCUCUUGUGGAUUUUCCACCCGAAUAUCUAUUUCAUCACUUGCUAGCUCCCUCUGGAACUUCAAACUUCGGGCUUCUUCCGACGACGACUCUCACGAAGAGGUUUGCUUUGGAUUCGGCGUCGAAAAUGAAUGGUUUUGUGGCGUUUGACGAAUGGAAACUCAAAAGUCCUGACUUUUAAAGCUGCCCACAGGGUGACUUGCUCUGAAUGAUAUUAGCAUCGAACUAGAUGAGGUCGGGCUAAGAGACAUAUGUGUCAGUAGUGCUUCCUGCGAUCUACUGAUCAAAGGUGAAUUCUCAUGCAAUCAUUACACCCAAUCCUUUUGGCUUAAUCUUAGAAGUAGAAGCGAGUGGGAACUAGGGGAGGAGGGGGAGUUAGGUUGACGACAUCCAGCCCUCCUCGUCAUAAUCAGAUUUGUGCUUAAGGUGGUAGUGGUCCUCACCAAAAAGUAGAUGCUACGCGCGUGUAGGCAAAAAAGAGGGACCUGUGCAUCGAGUGUUUAUGUUGGAUGACCUGCUUGACCUCCGCCCGCAUAACAUCGCUCUUUCAUCAUCCGUUGCAGUGGCGGCCUAACUCCAACGGUCUACCAGCACCGGUUGGCCCUGGACACUGCUUACACCGCGACAGCACGUGCAGGAUCUAACCGUUACUGUUACCUACGCAAGGGGAUCUCGAGGCGACCCGAAAAAGCUGCGAAAAUGAAUGUGUUUGAUCGAACUGGGCCCCUGGACUUGCGCUUAGCCUGCGGGUGGACUUGCGACCGAGGGGGCGCGACUCGUCCGCUAGACAAAGUACUCCUUCGUCUUGAGCCCCACUAUUAGUUGAUUUCAUCAUCGCACCAAAAUACGCACGUACACACGCACUCGCCAACACGCCGCGCGACCUGAUGACCAGGCUUACAAGGACAAUGGCGUGAGCGCCAAUCAGAUUGGUGAGCCAGCACGCAGUCGACGUCUGAUUGGUGCCCUAACGUGGCGUGAUCGCUAUUUCAGCGACAUGCGGCGGCACUGCGCAUAGUCUCCUGCGGGGUUGUGGCAUUAUCUGGGCCUGCUCUUUUGACGGUGAGUUUUACGACUGUCGUCCCUUUUUUCACCGAUUCCGUCUUGUCUUUCUGGUUCGUAAAUGUUCAAUAAAAUCUUACUGAUCGGCCGCCUCCAAAAUGAGUAAGAUUCUUGAUCCAAUAACAUUUGAGCUGGUUGUCACGCCCUUAUUCUCUAGAUUUUUACUGAGUGUACUUUGAUGAGCACUACACAACAUUGUCUUUUAUCCUCAGAUAUACUGAACUAAACUAGAAAUAGCAACCAACAGAGACCGACGGUUGUUCAUGUCACGGGGAUCUCAUUAGCCACUCAGCCACUGCUACUCGACCUAGUUGUGAUGUAAUUAAGGCUUGUAAAUCCCACCUUACAGACAGUAUUCUCAACACGAAAUCGAGAUCGGAAAGAGGUAAAUUGAUCUCACAUCCAAGGACAUGGGAUAUACGCACUAUCAGGAGCUCACACGGGCUCCUCGAACAUGAAAAGAGCACUUUCUCUCCCGAGUGGAAUAUUACCUUCCCCAGGGGUUCCUCGCAGAUGCUGUUGACCUAUAAUUGGCUCUGUGCUGAAAUACGCACUCCUUCAUUAUGCAAACGUGCUCGUGUGUAUGCCUUACAUGCAACAGGACUGUAUAUAUCCCGUUGCCAAAAACCAGUGCAAAAGGGGCGCAUUACGCACGCAGUUAUUUUUUCCUAAUAUGAUUUAAACGGGUAACUGGAGGCCUCGGCCAGAUGCCACCACGUAACCAUACUAUAAUUUCCGCUCUGCCAACCGAUUCUUCAUCAUACUCUUCUAUUUGAAAGCGGGUGAGAACGUGUCGAUCACUGUUUCAUGAAUUUCGACGCACGCUAGGCGUCGUGCUGUUUCUUAUUUUUUUGGUCUUGCAACCAAAUCAACCCGAGGUAAUCUUACUCACCCCACACCUAUCUACCGCCCUUCUUUGCAGAUUGA